AUGUCUUCUGGAUUUGCUCCCAAUUAUGCGUGGACUGGCCCGCCCACCCAGUACAAUGGAACUGGAGUUGACGGUGGUGAUUCUGCCACCGAAAACUUGAACCAAUGGUUCUCUCCUGGUGACCAGGCUUAUAUUCUUGUCUGCUCUGCUAUGGUCUUGGUUAUGGUGCCGGGUCUAGGCUUCCUAUACUCCGGUCUUGCUCGACGCAAGUCUGCUCUGUCUAUGAUUUGGGCGUGUAUGGCUUCAUUCUCGAUCAUCACCUUCCAAUGGUACUUCUGGGGCUACUCUCUGGCUUUUAGCUCGUCUGCAACCAACGGCUUCAUUGGAAACUUGGGGCAUUUUGGCUUGAAGCACACUCUUGGAACGCCAUCUCCAGGAUCCCCUCUCAUUCCAGAGCUCCUGUACUCCUUCUACCAGCUUCAAUUUUGCGGUGUUACAGCGGCAAUCAUUAUGGGCGCUGUUGCUGAGCGUGGUCGACUCAUUCCCGCCUUGGUCUUUAUCUUCGCUUGGGCAACGAUCGUAUACUGCCCAGUCGCAUGCUGGGUCUGGAAUAUUAACGGAUGGGCCUUCAACUAUGGUGUCCUCGACUAUGCUGGAGGCGGCCCUGUCGAAAUUGUUUCUGGUAUGUCUGCUUUGGCAUAUUCGAUGGUUCUCGGUAGACGUCAAGAGAAGAUGAUGUUGAACUUCCGUCCUCACAACGUUUCUCUGAUCACCCUCGGUACGAUUCUUCUGUGGUUCGGAUGGUUAGGUUUCAACGGUGGAUCCGCUUUCGGUGCCAACUUGCGGGCUGUCAUGGCUUGCUGGAACUCUUGCUUGACCGCCAUGUUCGGCUCCAUCACUUGGUGUCUCCUUGAUUACCGCCUUGCAAGGAAAUGGUCCAUGGUUGGAUGGUGUUCUGGCUGUAUUUCGGGUCUCGUCGCCGCCACCCCAGCUUCCGGUUUCAUCACUCCAUGGGCUUCAAUCGUUCUCGGUAUCGCUGCUGGUGUUAUUUGCAAUUUUGCUACCAAAAUCAAGUUCUGGAUCCGAAUUGAUGACAGCAUGGACGUGUUCGCUGAGCACGGUGUUGCUGGCAUGGUCGGACUUAUCUUCAACGCAUUAUUUGGCGCAGACUACAUCAUUGGUCUCGAUGGAGUUAACAAUGGAAUUUCUGGCGGAUGGCUCAACCACAACUACAAGCAACUUUAUAUCCAAGUUGCUUACAUCGUGGCUUGCACGGCAUAUUCUUUCGUCGUAUCUGCCAUUCUCGCUUACGGCAUCAACUUCAUUCCUGGCCUCCACCUACGUGCUUCAGAAGAGGCCGAGUUACUUGGUAUGGAUGAUGAUCAACUCGGCGAGUUCGCAUACGACUACGUUGAGGUCCGUAGAGAUUACCUCGCCUGGACUCCGGCAACAGACGAGCCAGAGAAAACCGAAAGCAACAUCAACCCCAGCGAUCGUCACGGUAUUCCACAACACAGCGAGAUGAUCAAUGGCCAAUCGCCAGAGGAGGGUUCAAGCGGGCAUGAGCACACCGGAGUCAUGGGCGAUCGGCACGGUGUUGCCGCUGAAGAUCAGAUCAAGGAGAAGCACAACAUUGUACCACCAGCAAAUGGACAAUAA